ACUUUCGGAAAAAAUUCCAAUUUUUAUAAAAUCACGUACACCUUCUUGUAUAAUGUUGUUUUAUUCAUUUUUCAAGACACUCAUUGGACAUCAAGUGACAGUAGAAUUGAAAAAUGAUUUAGCUAUUACGGGUAUUUUAAAAUCGGUUGAUCAAUUCUUAAAUAUCAAACUUGAUGAGAUUCGGGUGGUAGAUGAUACAAAAUAUCCUCAUAUGAUGGCAGUCAAGAAUUGUUUUAUACGUGGGUCAGUUGUACGAUACGUACAAUUACCCGCUAGUGCAGUAGAUACAGCUUUAUUACAAGAUGCUGCUCGAAGAGAAGCACAACAACCAACUACAGCAGCUGCUCAUACAAUGAAUCGUUAAUAAUUAAACAAACUUAAAUAAGAAACAAUUUUUUUCCAAUGAGAAAAGGGGAGGACUUAAUUAGUGUUCUUUAAAUGAAUAACAACAUAUAUGACAAUAAUAAUGGGUAUUUAUAUAUGAAGAAUCUCGUAAGCAUCUUUGAAUUGGCAAAAGAAAAUAUAAAGAAAUAUUUACGGUUAGAUUUAUCAUAAUAAUCAAUAAUACGUUAAAGAAAUCAUAAUUAUAAUUUGAUUCAUUUAGUAUUGUGAGCUUUAAAUAAAUGA